CGCGUCGGUGCCGUUAUACAACAUUGUACUCAGCCAUGAGGCUUACCUUUUUGACCUCUCUGAAGUCCAUUUUCCGUUUCCAAACCUGGGUACCUACUAGGUAUCUCGCUUUUUGACCCGGGUCGUCCUAGGCCAUUCUGAGCUGUGGCUCUGCAAUCCUGAGCUCGGCCUGGCUAGGCCGGAGUCUUUGAAGGUUCCUACAACAUGGGCCCCUAGGUACCAAGGUGUGCUGUUUCAUAUAUUCGAAAGGCCCAACAUCCGUGCCCGCUUUCGGCUAUUAUCGCAUGGAAUUACUGCAUCCACCAGGUCGUGCCAGGUAUACAACUUAUUCACUAUCAGUAUUCAGUCUAAAGAUGUUGGAAAUGCUUCUUGCAAUGUUUCAAGAUGACCCUCUCACAUGAGCAGGCGCCUGCCUACUGCCAACCAGCGCCCACGUGUGAGCCCAUCCGUACACGGCCAGCUUGCUUACACUUUUCAAUCGCAUGGACCUCUGUGUCUAUGCCGCUACGCAACUUGAGGUGACCAACUUGUGAUGAUGGUGCAUUACGGGAUACGAGCAGCUCAAGUGAAGCAGGACGGUAUGGGUAAGCGUCUUGAAUGAUCCUUAACGACACCGAGCUAAAGGAGCGACUACCAACACCGGCUUCCCCAAUUCCAGGCAAACAAAAUUGACAGGAACAGGCUGGCCGCCUAAUGGCUUGAGAAGCGUUGUCCAGUGCUCCAGUAUGGUCGCCCAUGCCUUUGCUGGGCCAACGUGCCCUUGGCUCCCCUUCCCUCUGGUGGCCACGUCUUUCCUGAGCCCCUGGCCUCAUUAUGCUCCUCCACAACCGGUUGAAGAGACGCCUUCCACCGAGAAGCUGUGCCAGUAACUCAAGUCGUCGCACUUGAUGGUUCCAUCACUGGCGACAUCGACUUGCUUCAGACAUGUGAGGGAAUUGCUGCAAGUGCAGUCGCCAUUGUCAUACAUUGUGACUGUCCAGCCGUAAACCACCGCCGAUGCCGAUACUGUCAUUUUCGACGGAGUAUCCGUCAAGGGAUUCACAGCCUCGCGGUUGGUCGCCCAUAUAGACAUGGUUCGCGGUUUCCCCCUGGCUGCCGCAGACGUCGCCUUGGUAGAUGCGGACGUCCCAUUCGCCGCAAGUCGAUAGGGCCACGGGGGCCAACAAGGUCGCAACGCCGAGGAAAUUGAUCAGCUGCAUGGUGUUUGGUGGAAUGGCUAUACUGUGUGUCCUUUUGGGUGUCGACGACGAUCUUUGAAGGGCUUCUUUACGGCCGCCUCAAGCUUGGAGGGCUGAAGAAGGGUUAUCCAGGAGAAACGAUCAAAGGCACUCUUACAUAGGCCACUCGGUCAGUCCGCCAACACGAGCGUUUUCGCCUGACAUCAUUCCCAAAACACCCGUCCUCGGCCCCAGCGCAGUAACACUGUAUGUCGCAUCGACUGGCCUAGUCUUAUCGAAGGAAGAAGAUGAAAGUCGGGCACCGAUGUAAUAACCACCCUCCUAAUGAACCACUCUCCCCAACCAUCAUGAUGUCUACAGUAUUCAUGCGUCCCGCACGGCAUCAGUAACGUCGUUGAACUGCCAUUCUAUACAUAGAUCCGCGAACUGAGUCUUCUGCAAGGCCCCGGAUGUGAGUAUAAACAAGGCUGAGUCGAAGUGAAGUCAGUAAAGCGGCAAGGCACGGUCCUAGUAAACGGGCGGGGACCAAAGACCAGGUGCGGAUUCGCCGCUGCAGACCAAUGCACUGGUAAUAAUAAAUGCAGUGCAGCAUUUCGGGGAGUGGAGGUCCGAUAGCAUUGCCCGACACUGCGUCAACACUCACUCACCUCACACGACCAUCACCAUUGACAACUAUAGCUUGUGAGAUUCCGACCUUUUUCCCCGAAACAACCUCGAACCAAGCAAGAAAACAUUACAUAGCGUUUUCUCAUGCUUCCUUCAUACGCCUAGGAAUCUCUCAUUUGUUCGAAAACACCCACCCAGAUCGAAGAUAGUUUGAGAGAACAGAGCGAGCCAGCAUCUUUUCCAGUCCACCUACAACUACCUGUCUUCGUUACAGUACCACCCUGAGGCGCUUCGCCGCGACAAUGCCUCCACCAUCUCACAUCAAAGACAUCGCCCCUCCCGAACACCUGACUUCACUGGCGGCGAACGGAUUCGCCUCUGGAGCGUUGCGGUUCGGGACCAUUUCGCUGAUCACGCAUUUCCUGCUGAACCGCACGAACCCGAUCUACCGCGGGCUGACGGUGCAGUUCAAAGUGUACAUUCAGAUCAGUGCCAUGUUGUUGGGCGGGUGUAUCUUUGCAGAGAAGCGGGUGACCGAGUACAACGACUCGGUGAGACGGCGAAACCGGGCUUUGGAACGGUCCCGACGCGCGUGGAGCGAGGAGAUGGAGAUCAGAGAGAUGACCGAACAAAAAGAAAGAACAAGGACUCAAGAAGCGGUGGCAGCAGCAGCGGCGGCGACGGCUUCUACCAGCGCAACCGAUGAAACGACCAAGUGAAAAGACAAAAACAACACCCAUUACUCCGAAGCAAGAGCAAGCUUGGUCGAUGACAUAAUGACAGUCAGUCAGUCCGCCCGAUAAACAAAACUGAGGCCUGCCGGUGGAAAGAAACCCCCAGAAGCGAUUGGACUUAGGGCCAGACCGAUUAUCUGUUAUCGAUUAUAUCAUAUCUUGCAAAAACUGGUGCCAUACCACGCUGUUAUAUGGUACAUAUGCUAUGGUCCGGCCGGUCGGUUGGAUGGUAGCCAUGCUUCCUACUCAGCAUACACAACAAUUUUCACCAAAAGACUGAAAGACCUGGCGCGUCCUUCGAGAAAACUGCCCUUAGGCCACUGAGCUUGCCGCAAUGACACGACAUGAAUUUACCUCGCCUCACCAGACUAUACCACGGCGUCCGAUUUGAAGCAUGCCCCCGCUCGCUUGCCUCAACUCACGACUAUUCAGAAAGAUCUUAAGGAGUCCAUCAGGUCAAUGCAAGGCCGAUCCUUCCAUCUCAAUGGAACCAAGAUCACGCUCGGAUUGAACAGCACCAGCUCUAUCAGGCGAGGAGAGCUAUGACCAAUGAUCAGAUGCGCGGCGUGUCACCUCUAUUCAAGUCCAGCUGGGCGAAGUAGUAAGGGAGAGAGGGAUGGGUUAUUCGGCAUGGCCACGCGGUAGAACAAUAAUUGUAUGCUUCAUCUGCUGUGCUCUGCUUGCUAUCGGGCUGUGUCCUCUCCUGACUUGACACCUGAUGAAGGCGGAAAACAGAGAAAAGGAGGUAAGCACGAUGGGACGAUGAUCGAUAUCAACUUCUGCUUCGUUGCACAUUUCCUUGUGGUUCGGCAGGAAAAAGCAUCUAACAGGUUUGCUUAUUCUGUGCUAGUAUCAAGAAGACAAUCGAUUAACUGGGUCUCGUCACGGCUCUCUUAUCCCGCCCCGCUGGUCUCGUCUUUCCUUUGCUGGGUGCAAUGCACGGAGAAAGUAAGAAAGGCAGGAAGAUAAGUACCUAGGUAGAUAGCUAGUUUGAUUCAAUACAAAAAGUUGUUGCCUUG